AUGGAGUCAGGGGGAAUACUCCUCCGCCAUGGGCGAUUCGGCCCGCAGAAGACCCCGGAACCAUCCACAGAGGCCGAGAACCAGGCACCUUCUACACCGAGACCACGCCUCAGGUUAAAGCGGCGCAAUGAUCCUCAACACCUCGCCGCGCCAACACAACAGUUCCUCGCAUCAGUUGCUGCUGCCGACGUGCCAAUACCGAGCGUCGAGGAACCUGCAAUCGCCACUUACGGAUCCGAUGUCAUGCCUUCCUGGAGUGACCUGCAUUACCCGGAGGAGGGCCAAGAUAUCGAGGACGGUCUCCAUAUUCAAUAUGGACAUAACCAAUCACUCUCGUCACCAAAGACUCCUGCGCCAGGAGCCCCUCCCUCCCUGACGCCCUCGAGAUAUCCGAACUGGGCAAUCGAUUGGAUGAGCAGCUCUGAGUCGAGUCCAGAGCCCGAGUCUCGACCGUCCACCGCGCGGUCACGGACGAGCACGUCGUCUUUCAGUCAGUUGUCAUCGUGCUUCUCAGACGAUGACAUACAUUUCAGCCCGGAGAUUGGAGACUCGGAGAGGUUCAUGUGUGUCGACUCAGAGGCUAGCCAGACAGAAGGUGUACAGCCCCUAAGCAGUUCGAGGAUAGCGAGGAAGGCCCCAUGGACGCCAGCAAUGAGCCGGCACCUUUGGGCGACAUACAACUUGUAUCUCUCGGACCCACGCGUAACACCCUUUCAGAUCGGCAAGAGCGGCAUCCCACCAGAAGGCGUGUCCAAGAGGGUGGCUCGCCAGGCCAUCCGGAGUUGGAAGGGCUCAAAGACGGUGGCCAAGGCCAUGGGCGCAUCGGAAGCAAGGAGCGGUAGCUCGACCCCAACGGCGCCGGAGUCGUCCGGCGUGUUCAUGCAGUGGCCACACACGGCUGCGGCCACCCGAGCGCAUCUGAGGGCUCUAUGCAAGCAGAAGGCCCGUGGUCCUGAUGGAGGCAAGAUGCGAUUCUCUUAUUUCUCCCGCAGCCCUACACCCUUGACCGACGCCACUGUCCGCUGGGCCCGGCGAUCGACACCCACCUCCGCGACAGCACCUUUCGAGACGCAGGAGAUGGCAAAGUCUUUGGCAAUGAGCACCUCCGAGACCAUGACACCUAAAGGGCCGCUUGCGCAGCUGACCACCGCGCCGGACUCACCGGCCCCGACGAUCCCACCCAACCUGGACCACGUGCCACAGCCGGAUGUCAACCUGGAGCCUUCAAUGGUAGAGCGUCGGCGUCUGGGCUCACCGGUGAACGCCAAGAGCUACGGGCCAAGCUCUUCGACCUCAUUGCUGGAUGUGUUUGGGCUUCCUGCCGACGUUGGCCAGCGUCAGACCCACACCGUCGGACCCCGAAGGACGUUGCAGUCACCGGUCAGGCUCAGUCGGUCGUCAACACAAAAGAGGAAGACACGGCAGGCUCAUGAGUCCCGCAAGCGGCCCAGUCUUUCGCUGGACACCUGGCUCGACCCUCGAAUCCUCGCUGGCGACUCGAGCAAGGCCGAGGAUGCCUUCUUCGCCUCUCGGCCACGGGCACCACUGUCUUUUGACUCGGCCCAGCCAACAGCCCGACCGGCCGUGGCUCCUAUCGCUACGCCCCCGCGGUUGGGCUCCCCCUUCUCGGCCUCCAGCUCGAUGAGCUUCAGCGUCCCCAACAGGUUCAGCCAGCCGUCGGACCUCGACCCUGCCAUGUUCGCGCGGCGCUUCUCGACGGUGCAUCAGCCUCGCGGGACGCAUCCAACAGAGCCAGCCAGCAUCAACCUGGCCUCGCGGCUCGCGUACCUUGACCAGCGCCUGAAGGACUUCAACACUCCCACUCAUCGGCAGUCUGAGUCACCCUUCUGA